CCUCGUGAGCCGGAAGCCAGCCGCGCUUCCGGUGUUCGGCCAGCUGGGGAGCUGAGGAGGAUUUUCAAUCGAGCCGAGGGCGGGAAAAAAAAAAACCAAAAGAAAAAAAAAAAUGCGUGAUGGAUUACCUGGCUAGGCCUGGGGUUUUUGGCUUAAUUGCUGGUGUCACCUGUGGAGUAUGCUUGGGCUGGAGCAUACGCGCUCGGCUCUUCCGGCCAGCCAAAUCCAGAUUGACUAUGAUGGCCAACGAGCUAGGCAACGAAGCCAGUAUAAUGGGCGAGUCCGGAGAAUUCAAGAUGGUGAUCAUAGUCCGGAAUGACCUGAAGAUGGGCAAGGGCAAAGUAGCCGCCCAGUGCGCCCACGCUGCCGUCUCGGCCUAUAAGCAAGUCCACCACCGAAAUCCGGAACUUCUGAAGCAGUGGGAAUAUUGUGGACAGCCCAAGGUGGUCCUUAGGGCGUCUGAUGAGGAGACCCUCGUUCAGCUCUUAAACGAGGCCAAAGCGCUCGGCUUGACCGUGAGCUUAAUCCAGGAUGCUGGCCGCACACAAAUAGCUCCAGGCUCCCGGACUGUCUUGGGCAUUGGGCCUGGUCCAGCUGAGGUGAUAGAUAAAGUUUCUGGCCACCUGAAACUCUACUGAAUGUGAAGUUCACAACGUAAAGAGGGUGAAACCUGGUGAAUGAAUCUAAAACACGAACGAGAACUAUCCAUCUCCCUCCCAAGUCCCUUCCUCAAGCAGUAAUUAUCAAGUGCAAUCCCGGAUUAUUUUGUUUUGCCCAAACACACACACACACACACACUCUCUGAUAUCCCACAUAUCUUCGCCUAGGCUCCACCUCCCUGUAACCGGUUAAACAGCUUUGCGUUUGCGCAAAUACAAAAGCCAUUUACACUCUUGACUUUCUCUGAAUCUCUCGAAUCAAGCCUUAUGGAAAUCCAGAGGAGAAAAUCCUGAGUAAGAUAGGGACAGCAUCCCUACAAAAGUUUCCAAAUAAAUGAAUUACACGGACAGGUUUGCAUCCUUUUGAUAGUAACUUUUUGUCUUCUAGGCAAACUGGGCUGGGAGGUGGCUCACCAGGCUAAUGUAGCCUGUUAUUCACACACAGCUGCCUGCAAUUACAAUUACUGCAGGCUCGAGUCCCACCAGGCCCAAGGUUGACUCAGCCUUCCAUCCUUUAUAAGGUAGGUAAAAUGAGGACCCAGAUUGUUGAGGGGGCAAUAAGUUGACUUUGUAUAUAAAUAUACAAAUAGGAUGAGACUAUUGCCUUACACAAUGUAAGCCGCCCUGAGUCUUCGGAGAAGGGCGGGAUAUAAAUUCAAAUAAAAAAAAAAAACUUUGAAAGAUGGCCUUGAAAAGCUGCCGCACCCAGCAAAGCCGUUGAUUUAAAUGUAAUGGGAUCACUCGGCAUCUGGGGGAGGCUACAGCUAGUCCUCGACUUAACGGCCACAAUCGAGCUAAAAAAUUUUUGUUGCUAAGAGAGAGAGUUGAGUGAACUUUGCCCUGUUUUACAACCUUUCUUGCCACAAUUGUUAUGGGAAUCAACUGCAGUUAAGUUAGUAACCCGGUUGUUAAGGGAAUCGGGCUUCCCCAUUGCUUGUCGGAAGGUCGCCAAAGGGGAUCACGUGACCCCGGGACACUGCAACCGUCAUAAACAUGAGUCAGUUGACACGAGUGAAUUUUGAUUCCAUGACCGUGGGGAUGCUGCAAAAGUUUGAAAAAUGGUCAUGUCACUUUUUCAGUGCCAUUGUAACUUUGAACAGUCACUAAGCGAACCGUUGUAACUCGAGAACUACAAGUAUUGAUUUACCAAACAAUCUGGUUACUAGAGUAAUCUUAUUUUCUGGUGUUUGGGCAAUACAUUAAAUCAGGGGUCUCCA